AUGUCUCCCUCUCAGUCGUCCGGCUUGGCCCCGGGCCGCCAGAGCCCCGUCGUCGUCGUGACGGAUUGUCUCGAGAAGCCGUCGCUGGACGAUCGCGACUACCGGGUUGUCCGCCUCGACAACGAGCUCGAGGCCCUGCUGGUUCAUGACCCCAAGACAGACAAGGCCAGCGCCGCCCUUGACGUCAAUGUCGGGAACUUCAGCGACGAAGAGGGCAUGCCCGGCAUGGCCCACGCUGUAGAGCAUCUGUUGUUCAUGGGGACCAAGAAAUUCCCCAUCGAGAACGAGUAUGGCCGCUAUCUCUCUGCCAACUCUGGCAGCUCCAACGCCUACACGGCCUCCACCUCCACAAACUACUUCUUUGACGUGGCCGCGAAACCAGCAAACGACAAUGACCCCUCGGAUGCUAACCCGUCGCCCCUGCGUGAGGCCCUGGACCGUUUUGCUCAGUUUUUUAUCGAGCCCCUCUUCCUGUCGAGCACCCUGGACAGGGAACUGAGGGCUGUUGACUCCGAGAACAAGAAGAAUCUGCAGAACGACACCUGGCGUCUCCACCAGCUCGACAAGUCCCUGUCAAACCCCGGGCACCCUUAUUGUCACUUCUCGACCGGCAAUUUCGAAGUGCUCAAGACGAUUCCCGAGUCGAGGGGGGUCAAUCUCGUUGUUCUCGGCCGCGAGCCUCUUGACGACCUCCAGAAAUGGGUUGUCGAGCUCUUCUCCCCAAUCGCCAACAAGGAGCUGCCCUCUAAUCGCUGGACCGACGAGGUUCCCUUCCGUGCAUGCGAGCUGGGGAUGCAGUGUUUCGCCAAGCCAGUCAUGGACUCGAGGGAGCUCAAUCUCAGCUUCCCCUUUGUUGAUGAGGAGGCUCUGUACGAGUCGCAGCCCAGCAGGUACAUCAGCCAUCUCAUCGGGCACGAGGGCCCUGGUAGCAUCAUGUCGUACGUCAAGAGCAAGGGCUGGGUUAACAGCCUGUCUGCUUGCGCCUACUCGGUCUGCCCCGGGACGCCAGGCAUCUUUCAAGUGCAGAUUCGUUUGACGGAAGAGGGCCUGAAAAACUACCCCGAGAUUGCCAAAAUCUUCUUCCAGUACGUCUCCCUGCUACGUGAAGCCCUUCCCCAAGAGUGGAUCUUCGACGAGCAAAAGGGGAUGGCGGACGUGGACUUCAGGUUCAGGGAAAACACGCCGGCCUGCCGUUUUACGAGCAGGACCAGCUCCGUGAUGCAGAAGCCUCUGCCGCGAGAGUGGCUUCUGAGCGGUCACAGCCGUCUGCGCACAUUCGAUGCCGAACUGAUUGAGAAGGCCCUGUCCUUGAUACGGCCGGAGAAUCUGCGUCUGAUGGUAGUCUCGCGAAGCUUUCCCGGCGACUGGGACCAAAAGGAAAAGUGGUACGGUACCGAGUAUCGAUACGACAAUAUUCCCGAGAAUCUCAUGGCGGAACUGAAGCGGGCGAUGAACUUGCCUGCGUCGGAGCGGCUCUCCGAGCUGCACUUACCACACAGGAACAACUUCAUCCCCAACAAGCUCGAGGUGGAAAAGAAGGACGUCGGAGAACCCGCCCUCGCCCCACGCGUGCUCCGCAACGAUUCGCAAGCCUGCACUUGGUGGAAGAAGGACGACACUUUCUGGGUCCCCAAGGCCAAUGUCAUGGUCAGCUUGAAGAACCCCAUCGUACACGCCACGGCGGAAAACAGCGUCAAGGCGAGGCUCUUUACGGAGCUUGUCAGGGACGCGUUGGAGGAGUACUCGUACGAUGCGGAACUCGCUGGCCUGGAGUACACUGUAUCACUCGACUCGCGCGGUCUAUUUUUGGACAUCUCGGGGUACAACGACAAGCUUCCCGUCUUGCUGGAACAAGUUGUCGUGACCAUGCGCGACAUCAAAAUCCGGGACGAGCGGUUCGACAUUGUCAAGGAGCGACUGACCCGCGGGUACGAGAAUUGUCAACUGCAAUCGUCCUAUCAUCAGAUUGACGACUACGUCACUUGGCUGAACGCAGAGCGCGACCACAUUGUGGAGGAGCUUGCGGCCGAGCUGUCGAACAUCACGGCGGAUGCAGUCCGGCUGUUUCACAAGCAGAUGCUGGCCCAGCUGUACAUUGAGGUAUAUGCUCACGGAAACAUGCACAGAAGCGAAGCUCUCCAACUCACGGACAUGCUCGUCGCCAUGCUCAAGCCGCGCGCGCUGCCUCGCUCGGAGUGGCCCAUUAUUCGUUCGCUCAUCUUGCCGCCGGGGUCCAAUUACGUCUUCAACAAGACGCUCAAGGACCCGGAAACCGUCAAUCACUGUGUGGAGACCUGGUUUCACGUUGGCACCAGAGGCGACCGGGCUGCUCGCGCCAAGACGCUGCUCUUUGACCAGAUGACUCAGGAGCCCGCUUUCGACCAGCUCAGAACGAAAGAGCAGCUGGGGUACAUUGUCUUUUCGAGCAUCCGAAACUUUGCAACCACGUGCGGCUUCCGAGUUUUGAUUCAGGGUGAGAGGACCCCGCAGUAUCUGGACAGCCGCAUCGAGGCCUUCCUGGCCCGGUUUGGCCAGACGCUGCAAACGAUGAGCGAGUCCGACUUCGAGGGCCAUAAGCGAAGUCUCAUCAUCAAACGUCUUGAGAAGUUGAAAUACCUCGACGAGGAGUCUUCGAGACACUGGACCCAGAUCUGCAACGAGUAUUACGACUUUGAGCAAGCGCAACUCGACGCUGAAAAUAUCAAGCUGCUCACGAAAUCUGAGAUGAUUGAGUUUUAUAACGAGUUUCUGAGCCCGUCUUCGAGCAGCCGAGCGCGCAUGUCGGUUCAUCUACACGCCCGUGGAGCAGAAGAGCUCAACCUCAAGGUGAUUGAGCUUUUGCGGACCUCGGGCCUCGAAGACGUGCCGCAUGAGAAGCAACAGAGUCUGGAACGGCUCGGCGGCUACCUCAAGGAUAAGCCAGACGUACCUCAAAGCAAACGGGAAUCAAUCAUUUCCCAAGCCAAGAUGCUUGGGCUGAGCCAAGCUGCGGAAAGCGCUGUGUACGUGGCGGAUCUAGGCGCACCAUCGGCCGUAGAGACUGCUCAAGGAAUCACCGACGUCCGCCGGCACAAGGCCGGUCUCCUAGCUAGCCAAGGAGCCAGGCCGGUCAAGGAGCUGAGCGGGUUUGAGGAGUCAGACGCCAAGUUAUAA